AAAGGAAGAGGCCUCCCGGUUUAAGUUUUAAGCCGAAGCAAAAUCGGCACCAGAGCGAGACGCCGUCGCCGACGAUGGAGUUCUGCGCAAGCUGCGGGAAUCUGCUGCAGAUCCAACCGGGGAUUGGCCAGAGGGUUCGCUUCUAUUGCCCCACUUGCCCCUACGUUUGCACCGCCAUCAAUAAGAUUGUACGGAGGCAACGAUUGGUGAAGAAGGAGUUGGACCCCAUCUUCAGCGGAGCCGACGCCAUGAAGUUUGCCUCUAAAACCCAAACAACGUGCCCAAGAUGCCAUCACGGAGAGGCGUACUUCAGGCAAAUGCAAAUUCGAUCGGCCGACGAACCAAUGUCGACAUUCUACCAGUGUUGCAAUGACAUAUGCAACCAUCAAUGGCGAGAAGACUAGUAAUACAUAAGUUGCAACUGGAAUAGCCGAGUGACAUCUAUUACUGAACUUAUUUCUGCUGUCUGGGAUUUCAGAGUCAAUAUUUUAGUUUUACUUUGUGCAUUAUCAGUAAAUUAAAGUUGAUUUUAUUGUCCCUAAACUAGGUUAACACUUAUUACACUUAUCUAAUCCAUAUCAUCACUGUUACGGAUUAGCAAGUAAAUUAGUGUCUUAUGUUAA